AUUAUUUCUUCAUGCUUCCCUCCUCACUGCAAACCUUCACCAAACUUGUCAGUUUUUUCUUCAGUAAACAACAACAAUGGAAGCUAUUCAAGUCUGGGUUUCUGAACACAAACUCACCACCAUUGGAGCUCUGUGGGCAUCUGGGAUCGGAGCAUCCCUGGCCUAUACCCGAUCAAGAACUCUCCUUAAGCCAAGUCUCCGCCUUAUCCAUGCCAGGAUGCAUGCUCAGGCAUUGACGUUGGCGGUUCUUUCCGGCGCCGCCGUGUACCACUACUACGAGGACAAACUCGCCGGCGGCCGAUCUGAAGCACCCGCUUCCCCUGGGGGAAAAUAAAAUGGAUAAGCCGAGAACAGUAUUCUAAAGGGAUGAAUCAUUUUGUGUAAAUCAAAUGAAGGAUAUCAAAGAUUCCAUCCUUUUAAUUAAUGCAUCCCUAGCCAUUGAAUGCCCAAGUUCUAAGCUUGGUUACUCUGUAUUUUGCUACUCUUACUUAAGUAGCAUAUAUUUCACAAAAUAUUAUAAGCCCAAUCUUUACCUAAAGGGAUCCCGCAAAAUUUCUAAUACUAUGUAGUGUGAUUUUUUUUUUCAA